AUGCGUACUGGUAUGGACGGGAGGAUUUUGUUGGUGUGUUCGUAUGGUUUAGUAAAUGUUUUUAUUCGGUUACAUCAGGAUUCGUCAUUCGUAAAGAUUGUUGAUGAUAUUUGUGGGAAGUUCGAUGGAUUGGUGCCGGGUGUGAUGUGUAUGUUGUUCGAUUUUCUCGGGUAUAAGAAGUUUAAGGUGGAUAGUGACGACGAUAUUCAAAACAUGUUGUGCCUUGCUAAGUCGUUUGGGAUAAAUCACAUUGAUGUCCUCAUUCAGAAAAGUAGUGUUGGUGUGGGGCGUAAUUGUGGCGUGCUGGGCUACACGAAGGAUGGGGGAAUUUCCCAACAUGUUAGUCGGAAUGGGUGCGUGAACGACAAGAUGGACUUGUUACCAACAUAUUGUCUGAACAAAUCGAAGACGUUUUUGUCGGCGCAAUGGGCGUAUGGGAUUACCCAUGUGGGACAAUGUUUUAAUGGUGGAGCAACUGAAUUCCACGAAGUUUUGUGUAAGUAUGCCGUUGAACGUGGAUUUCAAUUCAAGUACAUUAAAAAUGAUUAUGUUCAAAUUAUAGUAGUGUGUAAGUUUGUGGCGUCAACAGAUUGUUCAUGGUCAGUUCAUUCGAGGAUGUUACUGUCAAGCGGGGUGUUAUGUAUUAAGAGGUUCGAUAGUGUGCAUACUUGUGGGGCUGUUGUACGUACUUGUAGGAAUCCUCAUACGGGGUCUGAUUUGGUGUCUACCGUUGUUGUAGAUCGGGUGCGCGAUCAGCCAUUGACGCGCCCCACUGAUGUUGUGUUUGAUUUGAAAAACGAGUAUGGUUUGGACAUUAGUUACCGGGUGGCAUGGUUGGGUGUUGAGAAAGCGAGAGCCGAAGUGUAUGGGGAUCACGCAACGUCGUUCGACCAACUCAGGUAUUUCAUAUCAUUCCGCACUUAUAUAGAUGGGUUCAAUCAUUGCCGUCCUCUGCUGUUUUUGGAUGGAACGUUUUUGAAAGGUAGAUUUAAAAGUAAUUUGCUUGCAGCUACUGCUAAAGACGCCAAUCAAGGAUUGUUUCCGAUAGCCUUUGCUAUUGUUGAUUCCGAGAAUUCAGCCAAUUGGGAAUGGUUUCUUCGUAAUUUGAAAGAAGUUGUUGGGGGCGGGCGGACAUUAACUUUCAUAUCUGACCGCCACGUCGGAUUAUUACACUCUAUGCCAAUAAUUUUUCCUUCGGUGCAUCAUGCAUAUUGUUUGUUGCAUCUCCAAAUGAACUUGCGGGAUCGAAUGAAAUAUGUUAAUGCAUCGCACAAAAUUGGGUUGAUGCGCAAGUUGCGGGAAUGUGCAUAUGCGCCCACUGUUACUUGUUUUAAUGAGAAAUUAGAGGUAUUGAAGAAGGCCAACCCAGCUGUCAUUGAAGAUUUUAUGAAAGACUUACACCCAAAACACUGGUGUAAUGCGCAUUUCAGGUACUUCACGGGCCGACGGUACGGGAAGAUAUGCUCAAGCGUUGCUGAAUCUUUCAACAAUUGGGUCGGCGAGGCCCAACAUCUUCCUAUCACUAGAUUGGUCGAUAUGAUAAGGGGUCAAAUAAUGGAGCAGAUGUCGGAUCGUAGAGUUAAAUGCACUAAAUGGGCCAGUGUAAUAUGCUCGAAAAUGGAGAAAAAAUUGGUGGCAGCGUAUAACGACAGCAGGGCAUGGUGUGUGAGUCAGGCUAAUGAUGAUGUGUACGAGGUCCACUCCCACCCAUCGUGGCAGAUAAACGGUUUCCCGUGUUCCCAUGCUGUUGUUGCAUUCCGUAAUAGUGGGAGAAACAUUUACGAUUCGAUAGACUCUGCAUUUUGCAUUGAUACAUUUCAAGCUAUUUAUAGCGGAACUAUAUACCCCAUCCCAACAGUGGACAGGCCGACGUUUAACCCAACUGAGUGUUUGAUAGCACUGCUGACGGCUAAGCGUCCUCCCGGUCAGCCCAAACGCAAGAGAAUUUCGUCCAAGGGCGAGGCAGUGCAACGUAUACGUUGUGGACGUUGCGGAAAAUUGGGCAAUCACAAUAGGAAGACAUACAAAGAGCCGUUAUAG